AUGGUUUGCGGCCGUGUGCGAACAAAAACAGUAAAAAAAGCAUCUCGUGUCAUAAUCGAGAAAUAUUACACAAAACUUACUCAUGAUUUUCAUACCAACAAGAGGAUUUGUGAGGAGAUUGCAGUUAUUCCGAGCAAAAGAAUGCGAAACCGGAUUGCUGGCUUUAUUACGCAUUUAAUGAAACGUAUUGAAAAAGGUCCAGUUCGUGGAAUAUCCAUCAAGCUUCAAGAAGAAGAAAGAGAGCGAAGGGAUAAUUAUAUGCCAGAGAUUUCGGUUGUAGAUCCUAGUGUGUUGACGCAAAUAGAUGUUGACCCAGAUACAAAACAGAUGGUUGAAUCUAUGGUUAGUAAUAUUUUUUGCUUUUAUAACUUUUAUUAG